AUGGAGCUUAAUGUUCAAGAGCUCCACAGGAAAGAGGAAGUUUCUUCCUCCCUGCUACAAGACAAGAUCCCCAGCUCUGGGACAGGAGUGGAGGGGGAGGUCCCUGUCCUCAAAGGGACAAUGGGAGAUGAGGAGGCACAGGCCGCCAAGACCUCUGAGGAUGAGUUUUGGAACCCCGAGGGGGUGCUGACUGUGAGCCUCAGUGGCCACGCCGACGCCGUGAUGCUUCAGCUGGACCUGGCAGGGCCCCUGACGGCUGGAGGACCAAGUGGUCCAGGGAGAGAAGAGCAUGUCGUGGUGGCUGUGACCCAGGCAGACCUAAUGGGCGGCAGGCGGCGGCGACCACAACAGGUCACUCACAACUGGACUGUCCUUUUAAGUCCGAGGAGCGAGCACGUGGUGGUGAGCAGAACCUUUGAGAUCAUGAGCAGGGAGGCUGUUUCCAUCAACAUCCAGGCCUCCCUUCGACAGACUCGCCUUGUUCCUCUCUUGCUGGCCCAUCAGUUCCUUGGAGCGAGUGUCGAAGCACAAGUCACAAUAGCGGUGGCCAUCCUCACAGGGGUUUAUACUCUGGUGAUAUUUGAGAUAGUGCACAGAACCCUGGCGGCCAUGUUGGGAGCUCUGGCGGCAUUGGCAGCACUGGCUGUGGUUGGAGAUAGACCCAGCCUGACCCACGUGGUGGAGUGGAUUGAUUUCGAGACUCUGGUCCUGCUGUUUGGCAUGAUGAUCUUAGUCGCCAUAUUUUCAGAAACAGGAUUUUUUGAUUAUUGUGCUGUAAAGGCAUACCAACUUUCUCGAGGAAGAGUGUGGACCAUGAUCAACAUGCUUUGUCUCAUUACGGCCAUCCUUUCUGCCUUCUUAGACAACGUUACCACAAUGCUCCUUUUCACCCCUGUCACCAUAAGGUUAUGUGAGGUGCUCAAUCUUGAUCCAAGACAAGUCCUAAUUGCAGAAGUGAUCUUCACAAACAUCGGAGGAGCUGCCACUGCUAUUGGGGACCCACCAAAUGUUAUCAUCGUUUCCAACCAGGAGCUGAGAAAAAUGGGCCUGGACUUCGCUGGUUUCACAGUGCACAUGUUCCUUGGGAUUUGCCUGAUUCUCCUGGCCUCCUUCCCACUCCUCCGACUCCUGUACUGGAACAAAAAGCUCUAUAACAAGGAGCCUAGUGAGAUUGUCGAACUGAAGCAUGAGAUUCAUGUCUGGCGUCUGACUGCACAGCGCAUCAGUCCAGCCAGCCGCGAGGAGACAGCUGUGCGUGGCCUACUGCUGGAGAAGGUGCUGGCUCUGGAGCACCUGCUGGCCCAAAGAUUGCAAUCUUUCCGCAGGUACCAUACGAUGCUGCUUGGGUUUACACCAGGGGCUCCUUAUAGCUUGAGCUCCAUGGUGGCAUUGCAUGAGGAAUUGCAAUCAAAUGUCAUAUGA